GAAUGAGGAACUGUAAAAUCGUGCCAUUAACGCCAGCUAUUAUUCAUAAUUAGUUCAAUCAUUCAUCCUAAACCAUCAAAGGGAACGAAUCCAAUCCCUAAAAUCUCAGCUCAUUUCAUCAAUCGAUUCAUUUUUUGUCAACGAAACGACCUUUCAAGAUCCAAAAUCUCUGACCUCUCAUGUAUAUCUUCUGCUUUCCCCCUUUCAAAUAAUCUUGAGGCUGCAAUUCAAUUUUGCGCGACCUUUUGUUUGUUUUUGGUGUGUGAGCUGGUGAGAUUGGGUUGAAUCGGUGAAGAUGUUUUGGAGGAUGAAUGUUGUAGCUUAUAUGUUAUCAUGUGGUAAAUCUGAUUGAAAAUCGACCUACAUUUUGCAAGUUUCUGUAACAUAGAUUUUGUAAGUAGCUAUUGGAACGUAAGGUCGAUGCUUGGAUAUUGUACAAGUGUGUUUGUUUGAACAAGACAGAAAUGAAAUCUGUUUCAUUCAAGGAUUGGCAAAAAACUUCGUAUCCGAAGGCCCUUCUGUCGAUUAUUGCCUCAGUUGGAGGGCUUGCCUUAUUCUUACUGCUUGCUUCAACUGUGUUGGUCUCACAACCUAUUGGCUCUACGAUUCAUGAGUAUUUCUAUGGUGUUACUAGCCCGAGAAAGCUUGAUUCAGAACCAUCCCUCAAUCUUUCGGCUUCAGAGUCCGAGCACAUUGUUCAGCCGUUUGUUGAAGGAGACAAAUCAAAUGUAACUGUUCUUGCGGAUCACCAGAAUGAAGUCAAUGAUGGUCCCAAACUUGAUGAAUCUGGUGGCGGUGAUAGCAAGGAACCUUUGAUCGAAGGGGUUAAGGAUGAUGCAUCCGAGUCAGGCCAAGUAGAAUCUGGGAAUUUGGGGGAUAAGCUUCCACAUCCUGAGGGAGAAAGGAGUGACAGUAACAAUACAAUGUUUCCUGAUAGUUCAUUUGAGGGAAAUGCAUCAGACGCCUUCAGUGAUAAACCAACAGAGUUGGCAGAGAGUGUUGACUCUUCUGCUGCUGCCACCAACUCCAGCCAACCUAAUGUUGCUGAAGCAGAUUGUGAUCUUUAUCAUGGAAAAUGGAUUCAUGACGAAGCUGGACCAUUAUAUAGAAACGACUCCUGUCCCAUAAUCACCCAGAUGCAGAACUGCCAAGGAAAUGGAAGACCAGACAAAGAUUAUGAGAACUGGAGAUGGAAACCAUCCCAGUGUGACAUUCCUAGGUUUGAUCCAAAGAAGUUCCUUGAGCUAAUGAGAGGAAAAACAUUAGCUUUUAUAGGUGAUUCAGUUGCAAGAAAUCAAAUGGAGUCGAUGUUGUGUAUCCUGUGGCAGGUUGAGGCCCCUAAAAACAGAGGUAAUAAGAAAAUGCAACGAUAUUAUUUCAGAUCUACAUCUACAAUGAUUGUUCGCAUAUGGUCCUCAUGGCUUGUUCAUCAGACAUCUGAACCAUUUGAUUAUGCACCUGCCGGUGUGACUAAGCUACAUCUUGACGCGCCUGAUGAGGGCUUCAUGGAAUAUAUCUCAACGUUUGAUGUGAUUGUCCUUUCGUCUGGCCAUUGGUUUGCGAAGCAGUCAGUAUACAUAUUGAACAAUGAGAUCGUAGGGGGGCAAUUGUGGUGGCCAGAUAAGUCCCGUGAAAAGAAAAUCAACAACAUUGACGCUUUUGGAAUAUCUGUGGAAACAAUUCUUACUGCCAUGGGCACACACCCAAAUUACACUGGUGUAACCAUUGUCCGCAGCUUUUCUCCCGAUCAUUACGAGGGUGGAGCAUGGAACACUGGAGGAUCGUGUACCGGGAAAGAAAGGCCCCUGGAAGGAACAAUAGUUGAAAAUGGCUUUACCAAUAUAAUGCAUGAGAAACAAGUCAACGGAUUCAAUCGUGCAGUAGAGAAAAAGACAAACAAGUCGAAACUGAAAUUGAUGGACAUAACAGAAGCCUUUUCCUAUCGCCAUGAUGGGCACCCAGGUCCAUAUCGAAGCCCAGAUCCUAAUAAGAUUACUAAGCGAGGGCCAGAUGGUAAGCCCCCGCCACAGGAUUGCUUGCAUUGGUGCAUGCCAGGUCCAGUAGAUACAUGGAACGAGCUGGUAUUUGAAAUUAUAAGACGAGAAUCCCAUGACUAAGUAAAAUCUUCUGUUAUAUUAUUUGUUAUACGGAAGAAAUGUUUUUUUUCCCUUCGGCCAUAGAAUACUACUUGAUGUUAGAAAUAUUUCUGUAACUUAAUGGAUGAAAUGAGCCCUAUCUUGUUCAUCCUUGUACUUUUCUUAUUGAGAAAUAUAAACUUUUAACAGACCCUUUCUGUAA